AUUGAGGCUACAAUCUGCGAUUUGAUUGGUAGAGUCGCUGUCACAGCCGUUAGCGCGCGCAUGCGCAAUCCAUGGGGACGCUCGAAUGUUGCUUUGCCCUGGUAACUGGCUCUGUUUACAUGGCACCGCGGUGCUUGUCCGUAGUGUUCAACAUACACACACACUGACAGUGGAUCAGCGGCGAAACACCUCGGGAAGACGCCCACCAUGCCGGUACAAUUCAAGGGUUUGUCGGAAUAUGACCGAAAUUACACUUGGAAAAAUACUGAAGAUUCAGGGCAGGAACCCACUCAUUCAAGAUGGGCAGGUCUUCGAUCAGAUGAACUUGGCAUCACUAAAGAGCCCCGAUUCCCUUCAAAACGUCGAGUUCCAUAUUUCACGACACAGAUUUCUAAAUCAUUUCAAUGGAAGCAGCCAAGUGACAAUGAAUAUUAUAAAUCUGAAUCUAAAACUGAGGAACCUGCACAGUUAAGCCUUGAUCUGGACAGAGAAUCUGUGGCUGAAGAUAAAACACAUACACCAGAUGCACCACGCUUAUCGGAAAAGGCAAACUCAAAGUCUACUGCUUCUAAUAAAAUGUUUGUAAAUGUUGGAUCUACAGUAAAAAAAACAACAGUUCGAGUUCCUGAAGAUAACCAAGAAACAGCAGCUCCCUCAGAAAAAGUAAAUUCACAGGCAAAAGCCAGUGGGGUUCACAGAGUUCUGAAGAAGAAAGCUGGAUUGAGCACAGUUCCUAUUCAGCAUCCACUUAAGAUAUCAGAGUACAGAAGGCAGUUUGAAAAAAAGACGCCUACAGUAAACUCUCCCAUGCUUGCUGCAGAACAGAUUAUAUAUAACAAGAACAAAUCAGUCCCACCAUUUAAUGUAGAUGCACUUAAGAGAGAGACUGAAUACAACAGCCAGUUUAAAGGGUCGCCGCCUGCUAAAGGUCUGUUGUUGAGAAAGGAUUGGGAAGAAAAACAUCUUCCUGAAUAUGAACCAGAGGACCCCUCCCUUAAGAAAAAGGAGAAAAGGAAACAAAAAAAGGAAGCAGUAUGUAGCCCUCCAAAGAGUGACAAAUCCGAAACCGAAGCAAAGCAAAGGGUUCAUGCUAGGAAACAUAAAGAAAAAGUUAUUCAACAACUAAAACAUUCUUCUAAAAGCUGCAGGAGAAUUAAAUCAGAGUAUUCUGCUAAUUUUUUAUCACCAUCUGAAUAUUUAUACAAAGAGGGAGCCUGGGUGAGGGCAAAGAAACAAAUGCUUGAUCAAGAUUCUCAUCUCCCUCUAGGCGCCCUGUGGGUUGCUGAGAUAAAGGAAUUACGAGAAAAGGCUGAAUAUUACAGACAUCGUGAACAGGGAACUCACUUUUCCCGGAAUCACUUGAAUCAGAUACUUUCUGUCAACAAUAAAUUCUGGGAUGUGUCUUCGAACUCUAGCAGUGAGGAGCAAGUCAGCAACAAUAUAAAAGCUUUGGAUCUGGCUGGAUUUCAGACAUCUUCAAAGAAUGAAAAUAUGCACAAAUCCUUCAAAGAAGCGAAUGAAGAUUUGAAUACUGGGAAUCUGGGGGUUUCUGAUGUUCCCACUGUCCCAGUUCGAAGAAGGCUUGUUUGGGAUGAAAAUAACAAUUCAGAGCCGGCACAAGAAAUAGCAGCAUUGAUGGUGGAAGAUAAAAAUGCAGAAGAAACCGAUGCUGAAGUGGUAGCGGAUGCAGAGGAGAUAGAGGCACAUGUUUUUAGUGAAGGUGUAAAAAGGCCAGACAGACUGCGUAAAACAACAUCAAAUCCUUCAGAGGAUGGGCCAGAAUGCGUCUCAUUACCGUCAGAUGAUGGUGGUCGUUUACCCACUCCAAAACUGAAAGAAUUUGGAUUUUCACAAAGGACUCAUCAUGAUCUUACCACACCAGCCAGAGGAGGGGCUCUUUUAGUUUCUCCAAUGAAAGAGCAAUCACACACACCUGAAGAUAAGAAAAAAGGAUUCUUUGUUAGUAGCACACCUCCAAAGAAAGCUGUCUGCAAAAAGGAUCUUAAAACCAAGCUCAACAAGGAUAAAGAGCUAACUGGCCCACCUAGCAAUUCACCACAUGUUGCCGGUAUUAGAACAGUAGAUCCACUACCUCUAAGGGAGGAUCCAUGGCCGAUUGCCCACAUUUCAAAUUAUCCUUCUCCUCCAAAAAUAACUGUUCCAGUUAGCAUAUCCCCUGAGCCGAGACCAUAUGUGUCCAUGUCACCACAUUGGAACCAGUCAUGUCGAAUACAAGGAGCACUAAGGGAUCCAGAGUUUCAACACAAUGGAAACUUUGGCUCACCUGGUCUCCAUAGAACAGCAUUCUCUGAUGACUGUAGUAUGGAAGAUGACAGACUUUCCCAAAUCUCUGAAAGGUCUGCAGCUACGAGUUCCCUGGCUUCCCAGGUCCUGGAGCGUGCACAGAGAAGAAAAGAUGAUUUCUGGGGCAAGAAAUGAAAUAUUUUUUUAUUUAUUUGUAAUAGUGUACACUCUGUAUUUGUUCCUGAUAUUGCUGUGUUACAAAAUUAAUUUGAAUAUAAUUUUCUCCCUCUUU